GUAACAAUGUCACAGUUUAGCUAGAUGCAUCACCAUUGUUUUACACAGAUGUUUGCGUUAUAACAAUACGAAUCCUUCUCGAUCCACAAGAUAUCGUGGCACUUUACGGCGUUUUUUCCCGGGGCCACGCUCAAACUUUAAGGUCCAACCCCGAUCGCCGCACGCGGAAUGUUUUUGAUUAGCCGAGUUAUCUACUCCCUUUCCCGUUCGAAUUCUUUCUUUACAAAGGAACUUUCUUCUCCUACGCACACUUUUGAGAACACGAAAGGCAAGGACACAUUUGCUUGUUAACAGGGUAAAUGUGUUUUACCUAAAGGACCACAUGUUUCGUUUCAAACAUUCGUGCGUCUCCCAAGUGUGCAAUAACAGUUAAUAGUUAACUUCAAAGAUAAAAUUGUUUCAACAAGGGCAAAAAAGUGUUCAUUGCUAGCUGUUACGGUUUAUCAAAACACCUUUAUCGCAAACCACGGAUAAGAAUCUUGCAACCCAUCAUUCUUAUUGAUUUUUAUUAUCUAUCUAAUUCUUCAGUUGGAAACGAAUGGACCAGCACUUCUUUUUGUUUUCAGUAGGUUUGUUGUGGGCGUUAAUUUCCAAUGUGCCAGUUAAUUCAGAAGAAUCGUCAACGAGUAUAAAUACGAAAGACGCAGAACGGGUUACAGAUACAUUUACGCCUACACCAUUUUCUACCAUCCCUGAUUUCAACAUUGAUUUCGAAAAUGGAACAAUAGCCCCAUGGACGGAGGCGUCACGGAGAAGUGUAAAAUGGAAAGUAGAGAACCAAAACUCACCCUGGGAGUUGGAUAAUGCUGCUCCUGCACCAGCGAAUGGUUCCAGCUAUCUCCGCGUCGAUCGUGGUAGCUCUUUAUCAUUCGGGGUAGCCAUUUUUCGAAGCCCCGUAGUUAUAUCUCAACCUGGUGUAAGAGAUAUCACCCUUUCCUUCUCGUACUGGAUACGCUCCAAAUGGCCACAAUUCACGAACCUUGAGAUUUACACCGUCAUAGAUGGAAAGGAAAAGCUGCUUUACGAUUGCUACCCAUAUGCGGACAUUAACAAUCGAAGUUGGCGAGGUAUAGUUAUUGAAUCACCUAAUAUAACAACCAGUCGUAACUUUGAACUUCAGGUGGUUUUUUACGCAUAUUGCGGUACAAAUGUCGAAGAUGCUGUCGCCAUCGACGAUAUCUCAUUGACCAUUACAGAUGGAUCGACAUCGACAACAGAAACAGCUACAACACCUUUUCUAACAACGGAACCUCCAACACAACCACCAACGGGACCACCAACGGAACCUACAACGGAACCUACAACGGAACCUACAACGGAACCUCCAACGGAACCUCCAACGGAACCUCCUAUGGAACCUACUAUGGAACCUACUACGGAGCUUCCAUAACGGAAACUACAACACCGGAAACUACAACUGAAAGCAUAACAACGAUUUGAGUUUGAUCGGCCAGAUUCUACAAUUAAUUAAUCUUUAAUUUGCUGUCUACUUAUUGGAUGCACAUAAAAAAUAUAGAUACCUGACGCAA